CCCUCCAUCUGCGAGGGAAAAACCCAGACAGAAGGAACAAGGACGCCAAUGGCGAACUUGUCAAGCGUAGUUUACGAACUCCGUGAGCGAAUAUUAGCAUCAUCCUCAACUCCUCCCAACAAAUCAGAUGACGCCUCUUUAGAGCUCCGAUUUCGUGCCGUUAUCCCCAAUCUACUCCACGCCUACGUCGUCCCGUCUUCUUCCGGAGUGUGUUUACUUACUACAGUUGGUGCUAAAGCUAUACAUUUUGACUGCUAACGAGAGGGAGGUGAUUGCUGUAUUGAAAUUAUUGACUCAUACAGUCAAGUAUUUUCCUGGAGUUUUCUUCCAUGGAAAGGCCAGCGCAAUUUUACCUGUAGUUUUUCGUAUAUUACCUUUUUUCGCAGAACCCUCAUUUUGCUCACGCCAUGGAAUAAUUUUUGAAACAUUAGGAUCCCUAUUAUCCUUGCUCCGUACAGGAGACCGAGAUGCAUAUCGUCAGUUUUUUGAAGAUGCCAUGGGUGCGGUUGAAGAUCUCCCAGCUAUAGCUUCAAUAGCCAACAACACAAUUAAACAAGAUCAGGAAGUGUAUCUGAGGUGUUUCUAUGAGUCCCUUUCUGGAAUGUCCAAUGACUCUGCUCUCCUCAGUGAACUCCCAGCAUGCAUUAAACCAACCGAUGGUUUUGGUAUUAUAAUCAACCUCACAGGAGUUGCCAGGUGGCAACCUUUUGCUACUUGGAUCAUUAAAAUUUCUUGUAAAUGCUUAACUGAAGGAGCUUUAAAUGUGGAAGGGCUUAUAAAUGUGCCAUUUGUUUUGGCUGCCUGUAAGAUACUGUGCUAUGGAGAUGCUGCUCUGCAAAUGGCUUGCUUUGACUUGGUGCGCAUCUUGGGAGCAGUAGUAAAUGAUGAAAUCAUUCCUAGUGAAAACAUGAUUCUUUCAAUAUCGACCAUACUGAGUGAAGCCGAGGAUGGACUUUCUGUGUUCAGGGAUAUAUCUUAUGAUUCUUCCUUGGGUGGAUGCCUUGAAGCAUUAUACUCCAGUUCUGCUGAUGAUGUUAUUAAGCUGACAGCCACUGAUAUCGUCAGUGUAUUUCAUCAGUCAAUGCAGAAGACUGCAAGUCUGGAGCUCAAGGAGGCGUUGUGUGGUGCAUAUAUUCGAAUUGCUAAAGUAUGCCCCCCUCACAUCUGGAAGCCUGAAUUACUAAUUUAUCUCCUUUGUUCUCCAAAACCUUAUUAUGGGUUGGUUGAAUGCUUUCAAGUGGUUGUAUCUAUUCUUGAUCCUAAUCUUGUUGGAGGGACAACUAACAGGGAAGAUUAUUUGGAUGCCAGUGGAUAUGAACCAGUGAGAGUUGGAGAUAAAAGACCACUUCAUCUCCCAAAUGCUUUGAAGAAUAAGCGACAGAAGGUAGAUGAAUCUGAGAAUCUCAAGAUUGAUUACCCAUCUUGUGAAGGGAAAAAGGAAUAUGCUAAAUAUAUAGGUUCCUCACUUCUUUCGCUUAUUGAAUGCUUGGAACCUCCUGGUGGAAAGGCUAAUGUGUUAGAACCAGAAAUUUCCUUGACUGCUCUUAGCAUGCUCUGCAUUGUUUUCAGCAAAUACCCUUGGGCAAAAUUGUUACUUCGAAUUUCUCAUCAGAUGCUUAAUUGGAUUCCUUGGAUUUCUGAGCAGGCAAAUCAAGAAAAUUUAGGUGGACUUGAUUUAUCUAUCUAUCUUGAAGCACUUCACAGUAUACUGCUUAAACAUAGAUUUCUUCCUGUAAAGGAUGAACUUUUCAGCGAUAAUGGCAAUGUUGCAAACCUAAUGCAGUCAGUGUUGAAGAUUCCAUGGAAUUAUUUUCCUAUGGCAGCUGACCCCUGUCUGCCAUGGAAGACAAAAAGUUUCUGCCUCCAGAUUCUUCCCAUGCUGGGAUCUUUGUCACAAAGUGUGAGUGAUCUAGAUGUUUUGGACUUGGGUCUUCAGGAUGAAGCGGAAGAAGUUAGAAGUGAAGCCAUUAUUGCUAUGCCAUUGAUUGGCAUGUGCAGAUUUGGUACAUUGACACCGAUUUUUAAGAGACUUGGGUUGUUGUCAGAAGAACAGAGUGAAAAGGUUAAGAAAUCAAUUGCCAUUUCCAUUGGGUAUUUGGGAUGUCUCUAUGGAUCUUGUGAUGGCAUUGCAAGUUCAUCUAGAAAAAGUUUGAAAUUAUUCUUAAAAUGGGAGAAUAGUAAACACAGUUGGACGGGUGAUAAGCUAUUGCAAGGAUUUUGGUGCUCUAUGUGUGACAAAAGCGUACUUCACAACCAUGAAACAGUUUCAAUAAUAUCCAGUCUCCAUAAUAUCGAAAAUUUAUCACCUAAGUUGGGUUGUGAUUACAGAGAUCUUCUCCACCUCCUUUUCAGUCUCCUUUAUGAUGAAUCCGAAGAGGUUCAACUUUCCUGUGUGUCGAUAAUUGGACGGGUCCUUGUUCAUAUGAGUUCAGAUAUUUUACAUGAAAAUAAAAUGAAGUGGUUAAAAUGUAUUGAUUAUCUUUUGCUUCAUAAAUGGAAGUCUGUGAGAGAAGCAUUCAACAGACAGAUUGGUUGUUUCCUUGAGCAUCGUAUAUUGACUGAUUUGUUUAUGGACGGACAACUUUUCUUGGACAAAAUUAGACGUGGUUAUGAAGUGGCCAGUGAUCCAGAACUAUUUGAAACCCUUCUUGAAGCAACAUCAAGUAUCAUGGUUGCAUCAGAUAUCCAUGGUCAACUCUUCUUAUCUUCUCUUAUGCUAUUGCUUGAUCAGCUUGACAGUAAAUAUGUUACAGUGAAAAUUUCUGCAUCGAAAUGUAUACACAGUUCCUGUUUCUUUCAUCUUAAAGGAGGUUUGGAGCAAAUUCUUGCUAAAUUCGUUCAUAUACGAAAUGAAGUAUAUAAUUAUUUAUCGUUACGGCUUGCAAGAUCCCCAAAAAUGGUGGAAGAAUUUGCAGGAGGUCUUCUUGAUGUUAAAGUGGAAGAACUUGUUAAAAAAAUGGUGCCGGUUGUUCUUCCGAAGCUUGUGAUUGGUCAACAGGAUAAUGAUAAAGCGGUGGUUACGUUAAAGGAUUUGGCAAAUUGUUUGAAUAUGGAUAUGGUGCACCUUAUAGUCGACUGGAUACCCAAAGUUCUUGCUUUUGCUCUUUAUCAAGCUGAUGGGCACAAAUUAGACUGUGCUUUGCAGUUCUAUUGUGAUCAUACUGGCUCUACCAAGAAAGAGAUUUUUGCAGCUGCUUUACCUGCACUUUUGGAUGAACUCAUCUGCUCAGUGGAUGUGGAUGAUUCAGUUGAUACCAGCAUAAGGUUAUCAAGGGUGCCUGAGAUGAUAAAAGAAAUUGCAAAAAUCUUGACAGGCAACGAGGAUCUUCCAGGAUUUUUAAGGAACCAUUUUGUUGGUCUUCUCAACAGUAUCGACAGGAAGAUGCUCCAUGCAGGCGAUAUUUCACUUCAAAUUCAAGCAACGAAACGUAUAGAAAUGCUGAUCAACAUGAUGGGUUCCCACCUUAACACGUACGUACCAAAACUCAUGGUUCUUCUGAUGCAUGCAAUCAAUAAGGAACCACUGCAGAGUGAUGGUCUUGCUGUCUUGCAUUGUUUCAUCAAACAAUUAACAAAGGUAUCCCCUUCCAGCACUAAACAUGUCAUCUCUCAGGUUUUCGCCUCGCUUAUCCCCUUAAUCGAGAAACAUAAAGAACAAUCUUCUCCUCAUAUGAUCAAAAUCGUGAAAAUCUUUGAAGAGCUUGUAUUUGAGAAUAAGUCCGUCCUAAAGCAACAUAUCUGUGAAUUUCCACCUCUCCCCAACAUUCCCCCACUUGCAGAAGUAAACAGAGUAAUCGAGGAAGUCCGUGGAGUCAUGACUUUGAAGGAUCAAUUGAGAAAUAUUGUGGACGGAUUGAACCAUGAAAACAUAAAUGUUAGAUAUAUGGUCGCUUGUGAGCUAAGUAAGUUGCUAAAAUUGAGGAGAGAGGAAGUCACGGUUAUGGUCAAUGGGGAAGGGGAUUCUGAUAUGGAUGUUUUGAGCUCUUUGAUUACAUCUUUACUUAGAGGGUGUGCAGAAGAAUCAAGAACUGUAGUUGGACAACGGUUGAAGUUGGUUUGUGCUGAUUGUCUCGGAUUGCUGGGGGCCGUGGACCCCGCCAAGGUGAAAGGUUUUUCAAAUCAACGGUUUAAAAUCGCAUGUUCGGAUGACGAUUUGAUUUUCGAGUUGAUCCACAAGCAUUUGGCCCGGGCUUUUCGAGCAGCACCGGAUACCACAAUUCAGGACUCGGCUGCUCUGGCUAUACAGGAGCUAUUGAAGAUUGCUGGUUGUGAGGCGUCUCUUGAUGAGAAUGUUUCCGUUUCAAAUGGAAAUGUGUCUGGAAGGGGUCAGAGAUUAUGGGGUAGAUUUUCUAAUUAUGUUAAAGAGAUAAUAGCUCCUUGCUUAACCUCAAGGUUUCAGCUUCCAAAUGUGUCUGAUUCUGCAUCUUCUGGUCCGAUUUAUCAACCCUCUUUGUCGUUUCGGAGAUGGAUCUCCAACUGGGUGAAAAAACUUACUGUUCAUGCGACCGGAUCACGCGCAAUGAUCUUUAACGCAUGUCGAGGUAUUGUACGCCAUGAAGUGCAGACAGCAACUUAUCUGCUACCAUACUUGGUGCUAAAUGCUGUCUUACAUGGUACCCAGGAAGCCCGCCAUGGCAUAACAGAAGAAAUUCUUUCGGUUCUUAAUGCAGCUGCUUCAGAAAGCAGCACGAUUCCUGUUCCGGGGAUCAGUUCUGGUCAAAGUGAAGUUUGUAUUCAAGCUGUUUUUAAUCUCCUGGAUAAUCUUGGACAAUGGGUUGAUGAUAUCGAACAAGAGCUUGCUCUAUCUCAGUCUUUAAAGUCGUCCGUAUCAAAGCAAAAGAUGAAGGAUCAUACUAUGACUGCAACUGCAAGUUCUUCAUUGGAUCCAGACCAGUUGUCUCAGUGUAAAAACGUUUCCGAGCUUUUGUCUGCGAUUCCAAAAGUAACCUUGGCUAAGGCCUCGUUUAGGUGUCAGGCUUAUGCUCGGUCUUUGUUGUACUUCGAGUGUCAUGUUCGCGAGAAGUCCGGAUCGUUCAAUCCGUCGGCUGAGAAGAGCGGUGUUUUCGAGGAUGAAGAUGUGUCAUUUCUGAUGGAGAUUUAUAGUGGUUUGGAUGAACCAGAUGGUUUGUCUGGUUUAGCAUCUUUACGUAAAUCAAAAAGCUUCCAAGAUCAGCUUUUAAUAAAUAAAAAAGCCGGAAACUGGGCCGAAGUUUUGACUUCCUGCGAACAGGCUUUGCAGAUGGAACCCACUUCCGUUCAGAGGCAUUCAGACGUUCUGAAUUGUUUGAUUAACAUGUGCCAUCUCCAGGCAGUGGUUACUCAUGUCGAUGGGUUGAUAUGCAGGAUUCCUCAAUACAAAAAAACAUGGUGUAUGCAAGGAGUUCAGGCUGCUUGGAGGCUUGGUAGAUGGGACCUGACCGAUGAGUAUUUAGAUGGAGCUGAAGAAGAAGGUUUACUUUGUAGCAGCUCAGAGAGCAACGCCUCCUUUGACAUGGAUGUUGCAAAGAUCCUCCGAGCAAUGAGAAUGAAAGAUCAGUUUUCGGUUGGUGAGAAAAUCGCAUUAUCAAAACAAGCUCUGAUAGCUCCGUUAGCUGCUGCUGGCAUGGAUUCAUACACCCGAGCAUACCCGUUUGUUGUAAAGCUUCACGUGUUGCAGGAGCUCGAGGAUUUCCAUUCCAUCCUUAACGGGGAAUCUUUCUUGGAAAAGUCAUGUGUCAGUGAACCCGAGUUUGUAAAAGUGACCGAAAACUGGGAAAACCGUCUCAGGCUCACCCAACCGUCUCUCUGGACACGCGAACCGCUAUUGGCUUUCCGGCGACUGGUUUUUGGUGCUAGCGGUCUUGGUGGCCAAGUGGGAAGCUUCUGGAUACAAUAUGCAAAGCUGUGUCGUUCGGCUGGUCACUACGAGACGGCUAAUCGAGCCAUUUUGGAAGCCAAGGCAUCGGGUGCGGCUAAUGUCCACAUGGAAAAGGCUAAGCUUUUGUGGAGCACCAGGCGAUCAGAUGGUGCUAUCGCGGAGUUACAACAUUCGCUUAUGAACAUGCCUGUUGAAGUCAUUGGGUCGGCUGCAAUGUCAUCCAUCACCAGCCUUUCCUUGGUCCCUCUCAACCAACCGUCUUUACCUUGCAAUACUCAAGCAUCAAAUGAGAAUCGCGAUGUUGCCAAAACUCUUUUGCUGUAUUCCAGGUGGAUUCAUUAUACAGGACUGAAGCAGAAGGAAGAUGUGAUUGGUCUUUUCUCAAGGGUGAGGGAACUGCAGCCCAAGUGGGAGAAAGGGUAUUUUUAUGCCGCGAAAUACUGUGAUGAGGUGCUUGUUGAUGCAAGGAAACGACAAGAAGACAAUUCCGAGGUGGGUCAACGGAUGGUUUCUUCGAGUUCCACAACUUCAAAUUCUGAGAAGCCUUGGUGGUAUUUUCUUCCUGAUGUCCUGUUAUUUUAUGCCAAGGGUCUUCAUAGAGGCCAUAAGAAUCUCUUUCAAGCUCUUCCAAGGUUGUUGACACUAUGGUUUGAGUUUGGUAGCAUUUAUCAGAGGAAAGGUGCUUCGUCCAAUAAAGAUAUGAAAUUAGUUCAUGGGAAGGUGAUGGGCAUUAUGCGUGGGUGUUUAAAGGAUCUGCCUACAUAUCAAUGGCUGACAGUUCUGCCUCAACUGGUUUCCAGAAUCUGCCACCAAAAUGAAGAAAUAGUGAGAGUGGUGAAACACAUCAUCACCUCUGUUCUCCGGCAAUACACACAGCAAGCCCUUUGGGUUAUGGCGGCAGUUUCAAAAUCAACAGUUUCUUCAAGGCGGGAAGCAGCUGCAGAGAUUCUAAACAACGCACGAAAAGGAUUCCAUUCCAACUCUUUGUUUGCUCAGUUUGCCAGUCUAAUUGAUCAUUUAAUCAGGCUUUGUUUUCAUGCAAGUCAGUCCAAGUCAGCAACAAUCAACAUUUCUACCGAGUUUAGUGCCCUGAAAAGGAUGAUGCCUUUGGAAAUCAUAAUGCCUACUCAAGGAGCAAUUAAUGUUAGUCUUCCCACUUAUGAUGCAAGUAUGACGGGCUUCUUUUCUGCUACAGAUCUUCCUACUAUAACAGGAAUAGCAGAUGAAGCUGAGGUCCUUUCAUCACUUCAACGACCAAAAAAGAUUAUUCUAGUGGGCAGUGAUGGAAUUAAACGCCCAUUCCUGUGCAAACCGAAAGACGACCUUAGGAAAGAUGCACGUAUGAUGGAGUUCAAUGCAAUGAUAAACCGUUUAUUAUCCAAGUGUCCAGAAAGCCGCAGAAGGAAGCUGUAUGUGCGAACAUUUGCUGUGGUUCCAUUAACAGAGGAUUGUGGGAUGGUAGAAUGGGUGCCCCACACGCGUGGGCUUCGACAUAUUCUCCAAGACAUAUAUAUUAGCUCAGGGAAGUUUGAUCGACUGAAAACAAACCCUCAAAUUAAGCGUAUUUACGAUCAAUGCCAAGCUGGUAAAAUAGGUGAAGAUGAAAUGCUGAAGAACAGAAUACUUCCCAUGUUCCCUCCAGCUUUCCACAAGUGGUUUUUGAACACUUUUUCUGAACCAGCAGCUUGGUUUAGGGCUCGUGUUGCUUAUGCACACACUACUGCUGUUUGGUCAAUGGUUGGGCAUAUAGUCGGUCUUGGAGAUCGUCAUGGAGAAAAUAUUCUUUUUGAUUCAACCACGGGUGACUGUGUUCAUGUUGAUUUCAGUUGCUUAUUUGACAGAGGUUUGCUGCUCGAGAAGCCCGAACUUGUACCUUUCAGGUUAACCCAGAAUAUGAUUGACGGGCUGGGGAUUACAGGGUAUGAAGGCACCUUCUUGAAGGUUUGUGAGAUUACACUUUCAGUACUAAGGGAACACAGAGAAACAUUGAUGAGUGUUCUCGAAACUUUCAUCCAUGAUCCUCUUGUUGAGUGGACGAAAACUCAUAAGUCUAGUGGAGUAGAAGUUCAGAACCCUCAUGCACAGCGAGCGAUAAGCAAUAUUGAAGCACGUUUGCAAGGAAUUGUUGUUGGUGUGGGAGCAGCACCAUCUUUGCCUCUGGCUGUAGAAGGACAGGCUCGUCGCUUAAUUGCUGAAGCAGUUUCACACAAAAACCUUGGAAAAAUGUAUAUCUGGUGGAUGCCUUGGUUUUAAUAAUAUUCACUAUCUUCUGGAAAGUUGAACAUAGAUACAUAUCAAUUAUCAAAGCUCAAUCAUCAACGCUAUUUGCUCUGCUGUGGAUCCUGUCCUGGUAUGACUAAUACUCAAGGGAUAAAUGCAGAAAAUGGCAAUGCAAUUUUGUUUAUUUGUUUGUUAUAGCAUCCUACUUUAAAAAGAGUUUGAAAUUACAAUGCUAUAUAAUUGGGUAGAUUUUUCAAUGUACAAAGUCUUAACAAGAAAAACUUGAAAAACAGAAUGUUGUAAUAGAAAGAAAUGAAGAUCAGAUGCUAAAAUAAA